AUGGCCAAAGAGGAUCCCGUGAAUUUGGGUCCUCUUGUAGAGCGUCCAGAGAGUCCGCAUUUGUCUGUGAUUUCUGAGGCUUCAACAGACGAUUCGAAUCACGAUGGGUGGAAAACAGUUGCAUCGAUGGGGGCACGCAGCCGAAAGGAUGAGAAAGUUGGGAAGAAGGGCCGAGAAGAGUGCGAAAAAACAAGCGAUAUCAUUUCCUCUCCACCGAAAACCACAACUUGCUCGGAAAACAAGAGUGAGGAGAGUGAACUCGAAACAAUGGCAAUAAGCUACGCUGUUGGAGGUGAAGAUAAAGGUGUCCAGCCGCAUGUAAGUGACUUUGAAGAGGAUCUUGACAAGACUCUUUCUGAAGCGACACCGCCACAAAUAAUUUCGGAAACCUCGACCCAUUACGCCGACAAUCUUGACGCCAAGAUGGAGGAGGACGCGGAUAUAACGGAAGUUUUAAAAGAUUCGGCACAGCCGAAAGUUCAACGCUCGACAACAACAAAUAGCAGAGAGGAGGAUUCAAAUGAAAUGGAUUUUGGACCAACUCAAUCUCAAGACGUCAAGGAAGGGGAGCGUAGCACCACACUGACACCUCCUGAAUGCCCA